ACGAUUGACACUGAUUGACACACAUCCUUAUCACACCCAGACUGCGCGUGUAAAGUCGGCAACAUUGAAAAUUGACGGAUUGAUAAAUAGAAUCAUUUCACAAAGGAGAUGUCUUUGGCAGAUGAGUUACUCGCAGAUCUUGAAGACAUAGCAGAUGAAGCUAACAGAGAUGGUGAUGAACAAGAAGAUGAGGUUGAAGAUGUGGAGGAAGUGGCAAUGGAACUGGACUCCAAGCAGCAGUCAGUGAGAAGCAUAGCAAAACUGAGAGACAGCAAAGAGCUUGCAAGUGUGAUGUCACAGAUAGAAAGAUAUCAGAAUCAACCGAGAAGAGAUGGGGGUAUGCUUAUGAAGUAGUUUAUUCUCUAUGAA